AUGGCCAACGAAAAAAGCACCGUAGUCCAUUCGACGACCAUCAGUGAAUUUAAUCCAAGCGAAGACAAAUGGGGCAUUUGGAAAGAGCGUUUGGACAUUCACUUCACCGAAAUAAAUUGCACCGACGAAAAAGCAAAAAAAGCGAUUUUAUUAAAAUCAAUUGGAUCUUCAGCAUAUGAACUUUUACGCAGUCUAUGUGAUCCAAAGACGCCAGUGAAUAUAGAUUUGAGUGAGCUGUGCGACAUUUUGGAAUCUCACUUCACACCUCCAACUAUUGUAUAUCAUGAACGUAAAAAUUUCCAUGACGCCAUUCGCAACGAGAACGAAAGUGUGUCAACAUGGUAUGCUCGUAUCAAGAAGCUGGCUCUGCAAUGUAAAUAUGGGAACAAUUUGGAUGUGAUGGUAAAAGACAAGUUUAUUACUCAAUUGCCCGAGAAAAUUUUCAUACGUAUAUGUGAAGAAGAGGAAAAUUUGUCAUUGGCCGAUGCUCUUAAAAAAGCGAUGAUAUUUGAAACGAAAUUUGCGAUGAAAGUUAACACGGAUUCCGAAGUUAACUAUAUGAGUUCAAAAAAAGGACAAAAACCUCGCAACAAAUGCAACAACAACAACCGUAAAACACCAGUACAACCGCCUGGCAAGAAAACCGCCUGUACGCGAUGUGGAUGGAAGACACAUGAGGCCACUACAUGUCCAUACAAGGAAGCUACGUGCCAUACCUGUUCAAAGAAGGGUCAUUUAAGUAGCGUUUGCCGCUCCAAACAGGAAAAUAACAAGAAAAAUUUCAAUUUUAUUAAUUCUUCUAAUUCAAACCCAUAUGUAAAUUCUAUUUCUAAUGGCAAUUCGUUUGAUUUUUCUUUAUACAGUUUAAAUGACGAUGAAUCUAGCGGGAUGUAUUGUUUGAAGGUCAAGUUCAGUGGCACAAUGAUGGACAUUGCAUGUGAUACGGGGGCACCGCGCACAUUUGUUCCGAAGACUUUCUACGAGAAGCAUUUAUCACAGUAUCCGCUAACGGCUUGUAAGAUCCCAUAUAGAACUUACGGUGGAAAUGAAAUUAAUAUAAUUGGUGAGUGUUUAGCAAGUAUUACUUAUGGGGACACCAGCAAACGUAUUACAGUUGUAGUGACCGAUGCAAACGCACCACCUUUAUUAGGUAGAAAUUUUCUACGUGCAUUUAAAUUUUUGCUAGUGCAAAUGGAUCAAAAUCAUGAGAACCUUGUUCACUCGAUUCGAUCUCCAGAGAAUCGAAGUUUGUCCGGAAUUGUAGACCAAAUUAAAAGUCAAUUUUCAGAACUUUUCGAUGGCCAAUUGGGCAAAUAUGAUGUUUGUGAAAUUUCAUUGCAAAUUGAUAGUCAAGCCAAGCCGGUAUUUUGUAAGCCACGACCAAUUCCAAUUGCUUGGAAGUCUGAAAUUGAACAAAAUCUGAGAGAUUUAGUUGCAAACGGCGUUCUUGAACAAAUUGAAACUGCGAAGUGGGGAACACCGUUAGUUCCCGUUUCUAAACCAGAUGGCAAAUUACGUGUUUGUGGUGACUACAAAACUACAAUUAACAAGUUUCUUGUUGAUGUUAAAUACCCAUUGCCUCUGAUCGAGGAAAUCUUCACAUCGUUACAAGGUGGAGAAUUAUUUAGUAAAUUAGACAUGAGUGCUGCCUAUAAUCAAUUGUGUUUGGAUGAAACAUCAUCUCUAUUGUGUGCUUGGAGUACUCAUAUUGGUACAUUUAAAAUGAAAAGAUUACCUUUUGGCGUAAAGCCGGCAGCUGCUAUUUUUCAAAUGCACAUGGAAAAUUUACUAAGGGGUAUCAAUGGCGUAGUUGUAUAUCAAGAUGAUAUCACAGUCACUGGAAGAGAUUUCAAAGACCAUCUCUUUAAUUUAAAAUCGGUUUUAAAAAAAAUGGCCGAUGCUGGUUUGAUAUUGAAUGCAGUUAAAUGCAUUUUCUUUCAAAAACAAAUUUCUUAUCUUGGUUUUACCAUUGAUAAAAAUGGUCUGCAUAAGAACAGAGAAAGAUUUGCGUCUAUUUUGGAUGCACCUAUUCCUAAAGAUAUUCAUGAAUUGAGAGCAUUUAUUGGCAUGGCUAAUUACUACUCACGCUUCAUAAAAGAUUUUUCAAAUAAAAUGAAUCCGUUGUACAUUUUGCUUCGGAAAGACGUUCAAUUCAUAUGGAACACAGAUUGUGAAAAGGCAUACGAUUUAAUAAAACAUGACAUUUCGUCAGAGCAAGUGAUGACUCAUUUCAAUCCAAAACUUCCAAUCGUUCUAACGACUGAUGCAUGCAAACAUUCUGUGGCAGGAGUCUUAUCACACCGGUUUCCGGAUGGGCUCAAACCCGUUGCUUUCAUUUCGAAAUCCUUAUCCAAAAGUGAAUUGAAUUACUCCGUCAUUGAAAAAGAAGCAUUAGCCAUAUUUUUCUCUGUCACUAAAUUGAAACAAUAUUUAUUGGGAAACUUUUUCACCAUCUCAACAGAUCAUAAACCCCUAUUAUCUAUUUUUGGUGAAACACACGGUUUACCUUUGAUGGCCGCAGCUCGCAUGCAGCGCUGGGCCCUGAUAUUGAGUGGUUUCAAUUAUGAAAUUAAAUAUGUAAAGGGCAUCGAUAAUGAGGCUGACAGUUUAUCACGUUUACCUCAGCUAUCGUACAUUGAAAAAUAUAAUGAUGCAAGCUAUAUAGAUUUGAUUGAAAAAGAUAAUGCUUUACGAAUAAAUUUUAAAAAUAUUGCCAUUGAAACGAGACGCGACCCCAUUCUCAGUAAACUUUUGGAAGCUAUCGAAAGCACCACUAUUGACAAAUUGGAUUCCAAUUUUGAUGUGUUCAAAAGCAAAUCACUUGAACUUACCGUCCAAUAUGGAUGCAUCAUGUGGGGGUUUCGAACGGUUGUGCCAACAAAACUUCGGCAAUAUAUUCUUAAUGAAUUACAUGCAUCCCAUAUGGGAGUAGUCAAAACCAAAUCAUUGGCAAGAUCAUACGUAUGGUGGCCAAAAAUUGAUUCUGAAAUUGAAAAUUUAAUAAAAAAAUGUGUUCCGUGUCAACAAUUGCAGGCAAGUCCACCCAAAGCCGAUCUAAUACCAUGGGUACCAACAGACUCAGUUUGGAGUCGAAUUCAUAUCGACUUUGCUGGACCAGAGCUUAACCAUUAUUUUUUAAUCGUGGUAGAUUCACACACGAAAUGGGCUAAAGUUUUUAAAACAAAAAUAAUCACAUCUGCCUUUACUAUUGGUAAAUUGCGCGAGUUGUUUAGUCGCUAUGGAAUUCCAGACAAAAUUGUUAGCGACAAUGGAACUCAAUUCAAGUCUGCCGAAUUCAAUGACUUUACCACACGUAACAAUAUUGAACACAUUUUCACUUCCCCAGGUCAUGCCGCAACAAAUGGCCAGGCUGAGAAUUUUGUAAAAACGUUCAAAAAGUCAUUCAUUGCUAGUGUAAACAGUGCAAAGUCAAUGAAUUCAUCGCAUAAUAUAGACACGAUUAUAAAUCGAAUUUUGCUCGAUUAUCGUAACACAAUCCACUGUACAACAAAUGAAACGCCAGCGAAAUUAUUUUUUGGACGCACUUUGCGUACACGCUUCAGUAAUUUUCGACCACCAACCCUUAGUGAGGUAGUUGAAAGCAAGCAAAACAAACAAAUAAAAUAUUUCAAAGGCAAACGAAAUGUAACUUUUAAUAAAGGUCAAAAAGUUAUGAUUAGAAAUUACAAAGAUCCUAACAAUGCAUCAUGGUUGCCAGCAAAGAUUAAACAAAAAAUGGGUCCACGUACGUAUACUUGUGUCUACACACACAACAAUAAAGAAAUAAAUCGUCAUUUGGAUCAAAUUCGUGAUCAAUCUAUUGAUACAGAUAAACCUCUAUAUGAAGAUGUUAAGGCAAAUGCGACUGUGAUCAGUGUUUCUGAUGAGGGUUCAGGUAAUGAAUUGCAAUCGUCACCGUCAUCUAGCAACGAUUCUAAGGCUAAUGAUCCGGACUGGAUUCCAAAUGCAACUCGAAGCACUUCGGAUUCGGGCCAUCAUGAAAGACAAAGAAAAUUGCGCUCGUACAGAAAUCGUAAAGUUAGUUGA